AUGGCGACCGGCAUUGAGAUUGCUGGCCUUGUGCUAGGAGCAUUUCCAAUUAUUUUGAGCUGCCUUGACUAUUACCGUGAAGGCAUGGAGCCGUUAGAGGAGUGGUGGAGCUUUCGCACGCAUUUCAUUGAGUUUGUCGACAGCAUCAAUCAUCAGAUGAUGGAAUACCAAGAGAAUAUGACCCGUUUGCUCGACCCGAUCAUCGCAGAUAACGACGCCCUUGCUGCUUUGAUAAGGGACUCAACGGACACCCGGUGGAGUGAUGGCACCCUAGACGACCCCUUGGAGCGGCGCCUAGCUGGCGAGUGCGACAGGUUCUUCCGGAUUGUCGAAAGGAUGGAAAAAGUAGUGAAAGACUUGAAACACCUCUUGCAGAUUGAUGGCGAUCGUUUACCAAGUAUUGGCCCAGCGCAGCAGACAUCGUGGGAGUGGCAGUUGAAACGCAUAAGGAUCAGCUUCUCUAAAGGGAAAUACAAAAAGGUCCGGAAGCUCGCGGGUCACAAUCGGGAACUGCAAGAGAUUCUCGGCUACAGCGAACGAAUUAUUCACAUUACAGACAAACGAACAUCGUCAGCACCAGUUACUCUCUUCGACAAGGUCCGUCGACACGCUUGUUCCGUGCAUAAUAUCCUCAGCCAGCGUUGGAAGUGCCAGAGCCAGAAAUGCCAGCCUCACCAGGCCCACCUCAGCAUAUGUGUCACAACCAAAGAGAUAAGUCUGAGCAUACUUUUCGUUAUUGGGGGCGAGCAGGGUCCGCCACAAGAUCCGCCCAAAAAGCAGGAAGUGGUGAUACAGCCAUCUUCAACUGUCUCUUCAGAAGCCUCAUCAGCGCCAAUCAGCUACGUUCAUCAAGCUACCUGUUUUACGGCUGUGCAGGAGAAGUUCGAGGAAACAGCAGUGAAACACACGCCCAAGCUCAGCAAGUUAGUUAGGAUGCUCAAGAAGACACCUCUGGAGCCAUCCUCUUCCGGAAGCAACAUCCUGUCACAAGCCAGGAGAAAGAACGUUGCCUUUGCCCCUUCGGUCCCUGUAAUACGGAUCAACAAAGAUGAAAUCCAGCCGGGGCACUCUCUUUUCUCCCCGCCCCCGCUGAUCCAAGAUAUCUGCUCAUUUUUGCAGGCCGAUCAAACAUUCAAAAUCGGCAUCAUUGAGGACGAGUCAGAUCUCCAUUUAAAACUUUCUAAGUCGUUCGUUGGUCCAGCAGCUGUAGCAUUAGAUACAGCAAAGCUUUUUCCUCUUCCUGAGCUUCUAAACGCCCAUCACAGGGCCGAGAUUGUCAUUCCCAGACAAGACCGAUUCGCCAUGGCCUCUCACAUCGCCUCAGCGCUGCUACAGGUACAUACGUCUCCGUGGCUGUCCAGGAGGUGGUCCAAACGUGACUUCUCUUUCAUUAUAGACUCCGGACGUCUCUGUAACAAUUAUCCUUAUGUCUCUGAAACCUUUUUCUCAGAGAUAACAGAUGUGCGUGGGUCAGCGAAGGACACUACCACCCUUGCCGGUCAUUCCUUCCCAGAAGAGACGCGGUCCUGUCUCUUUACUGUUGGAGUGAUAAUCCUUGAGCUUGUCUUUGGACAGAACAUCGAAUCUUGCAGCUUUCGCAAAUACUACUAUGGGCCGGACAACAUGCCAAACGACCAAACGGAUAUCAGCACCGCACGUCGAUGGGCAAAAAAUGUCCUCGGGGAGUGUGGAGCAGAUAUUGACGAUGUGGUCAGGCGAUGCCUAGAUUGUUCCUUUGGGCCCAAGCCAAGCUUUACUGAUGUGAGAUUCAAAGAGGCUGUUUAUGAGGGUGUGAUUAAGCCGUUGGUGGAUUAUUCUAAGGUGUGGCCGGAGGUUGUACCUUUGUCAUGA